CUGACAGAAUAUUUAAAGGGAGACCCUCUGACCUAAUAACUUUUUAGUUCAUUCUCAGAAGCCGAAUAAAUUUCUUGGAAACUGAAAAAGGAAAGAUAUAUCGAGACUGCCGCUAAACACCCGCUCGAACGAGGGAUCAAAGUUUAUAUAAUAGAGGCGUCUUUCCGAGGUAACCAUCCAAAUGGGUUUGUUCUUACAACUUCUUCAAGUUGUUUUGAUAGGUACUCAGCUCUUAAAAGAAGCAACAACAAACGCAACAGCAACAGCAACAACAACAGCAACAGCAGUCACGACUUCAGCGAUAACAUCAAAAACAGAAAAAUUAAAUACAGGAAUAGCUACAAAUGUAGCACAAACAAGCUCUCCCUCCGUGAACGACACCACCCCAACCACCGACAACCAAACCAGCCCGUUCAGAUCGCCGACAAUAAUGAAUACCGCGUCAAGUGCAGACACAGGAACAACCACCGUCCCACUUGUAAAAAACACUCUUACCUUGAUUUCAACGAGCAACAAGUCCCAACCGAAGAGUGUUUCGCAGUCGAUCCCCUCUACAGAUCUCCAUUCAACACAAAGUAAAGCUUCAAACUACAUAACUGGUGUUCCAAAGCGAACGCAGUCUAUCAAUUCAAGUUACGGAACGUCGUCGAUGAUCUUCAUAAACUCAGGCUCUGCUACCCUUCUGGUCUCUCCUACAACUACGGAACAAACAAGCUCUCCCUCCGUGAACGACACCACCCCAACUCAACAAGUUUCACCAUCUUCUAGUGUAUUACACAAACUAUCGUCUUCCCAGUCGGGAAAUACAACACAAUCAGCAUCUACGACAUUAAAUUCAACAACAACAACCCAAGGAUUUUCUGCUUCGUCAAUGUGGAAAAUCUCCAGCGACAACCAAACCAGCCCGUUAAGCACGCCGAAAGCAAUGAACACCACGUCAAGUCUCACAAACUCAGGCUCUGCUACCACUCAAGCUGUGUAUUUUACAAGCGAUCAUCCGACUAAAGAGAGCUCUUCCCAUCUGGUUGCUCAUACAACUACAGAUUCUUUCACAAAGCUGACUUCGGCAAUCUCAGGUAUUAACUUCAGUAGACAGGAGAGAGUUCUGACGUUAAUAAAACCCUGCCAAAUGCUCAUAAUCAAGCAUCGUCUCGUGUGUCUGACUCUUACAACUGAUGGCGCCCCUUUUGCCCUCUACGUUGAGGAAGGAUACUGUGGGGGAGGGGGUAUGCAUUAUAUGCAUAAUAACCGAUAACAAACUGAAAAUAACAUACUUACCCCUUGUCAAGGGCAUCAUUUGCACGUCAUCGCGAUUCCCUGCAGCUAAAAGUAUCAUUUCGGACUUUUCCGUAGCAGGGUUUUAUUCAAGACCCAUGUGAGCUUUAACGCGC